AAAAGGUGGCCCGUUCGAGGUCGCGGAUCGUUUUGUUCGAUGAGGAGAGUCGAUUCGUCCGCGCGCGAAACAGGAAAUCGGCGGGGCUUGAUCGUAUCUUGCGAGUUCGCGGGCGAAAUUCCGACUUCGACAACGGGGUUCCACGUGAUUUUUAUCCUGUGCGCCAAGCUCGACGGCGUUUUUCACAAGGGCGAGAAUUCUAAGUUCGUUGAGGGGGGGGAGAACGAUGUCCUUCCAAGUUUGACAACCGUUUGAGUAGCGUUCAUCGUUGCAGUCGCUCGCCGGCGAAUCAAGAAAGAUGUGGGAUCGAGAAAGAAAAACCUGGAUCGUCGUCUUCCUAGGGAACGUCCUGUUGAAUACCGUGAUCGCUUCCCCGAUCUACGUCCCACAAUUCAUUCCAGGAAGUAUAGGAAGGAAUAUCAGGCAUUUGCCCUGCGUAUCUAGAAGAACCGGCGAGACUGGCGUUUGCAUGUUUGCGUUCACGUGCGCCAAGGCAAAUGGCACCCAUCUAGGAACCUGCAUCGAUCGUUUCUAUUUCGGCAGUUGUUGCAAGAUAGACGAGGAGCCUGAAAUAUUCCCUCAAGACAACAGUAUCGACGAUGGACCACCGGCUAGGCCGUUCGUCACGACCUAUGGAUCUAUCGAGAGCAACGAUAUACCUGAGUACUUUUCAAGGCCGAAACCGAUCAACGAGAAGAAACCACCUGGAACGUACUCGACCGAGGAGACAAUUACUACGUACACUACGCAGAGUGUUGGCACGCAAUUGACCACGGCAAAAGAAACGACAAAAUUCGUAACUAAAAAGCCGGUAAUGACGAGCAUCGAAACGACCACGAAACCGGUUCGGUUAUCGACCUUUCAAACCGUGCAAAACUCAUCGAAGGGAGAUUCGAGCACAAAAAGUCCGCCGAGAAUCACGAGCAGUACAGUGCCAACGGCGCAAAAAGCACCGUCGAGCACGAUCAUGGAAAUAGCGGCGACUACCACGAGUAAAUCAGCAUUGACCUCGUCGAUGACUGAAAGGCCAACGACAUUGGAAGUCGUGACAAGGGCGCCAUCCACCGUGCAAACCUUCGCUCAAACGACUAAACCCAUUACUAAAAACCCAAUCAAUUCGUCCACCGCUUAUAAACCGAUACACUCGACGACUACUACCGUUCACAGCAGGCCUACGACGAAUGCGACCACAUCUAAACCCUUUCUAUCGUCCACCGAUCGAACCACCGAAUCGACCACGUCGAAAAUCGGAAUAGCUACGACUACUCAGAGAAUAGUUCCAUUCACGAGGUUCCCGCCACGAAAUUCGACAACCGCCAGACCCGUUACUCACGCCACAACUAGAAAACCUAUCGCCACCACUAAGAAACCAGCGGUUAGCACCAGUACGAAGAGGCCGACGAUUAGCACGAAGAAACCGAGCACCCAUACGAAGAGACCUUCCACCUCUGCAAAACCAUUCCUAAAUUCCACUUCAAUUCCCCCCGGUUGGUCCACAACCGCGAAACCUCUUUCGACAUUGGCCAACAAGCAUCGACCAACCUUGGCAUCGACCACCACCGAGAGAGUUUCUCUUUCCACGGAAGCAAACUCUCCUUUGACCUCUAGCACGGAAACCGUGACUGUUCACAAGUUCACGACCGUAGCGACGCCAACGAGGCCCACGCAAAAAGUCAAGCCAUCUACCACAGUCAAACAACCUACCACUUCGAAGCCGUUGACGACGAUUGCCAGGCCAAAACCAACCAGGACCACCACCACCACCACCACUACCACGUCGAAGCCGGUACAAGCAGCGACGACGACCACCGAGAAAACGGGGUCGUCUGUCGGUGUCUUCACCACGUCUGCCAUUACGAAACCAGCUAGGCCAACGGUCGAGUCAAAACCCACGAAACCGUUCAGCAGGCCUACAAGCGAGCCUUCUACGACCACGACAUCCCCUGUAACGGAUACCAGUUUUACGCCUUCCUUUUCUACCGACACAACCACCGACCCAACAACGUCGUCAUACGUACCUUCGACGAAGGCGCCUAACGUUAACCAAACCUUCGAGGAAACCUUUCACACCACCUAUUCGCCUGGACUCGUCACAUGGACGUCGAGCUCGGACGACACCACUACAAAGAUUCCAGAUAUAUUUUCGGCAACCACGCCGCAACUGGAUCAAACCGAGAGCGAUUGGACACCGAUAACUACUCCAGACGGUUGGAUUAUGAUUCAAUCGCCCACCACGAAAAAACCGCAAACGGUAGAAGAAACGACCGAUAAGCCUAUCCUCGAAUCCACGAUACAAUCUACCACGACUUCUGUUAAAUCACCGACAGAAACUGAUACGGAACAGGUGACAAGAACACCUACUAUCUUAACAACCCUGUCUACAAUUGCAAGCGUGACGAUAGAUACCGAACUUCCGGUACCGAUGGAAACUCUCAACAUGUCGGAUUAUAAGCAAGUGUGCGGAAGAAGAAUGUUCCCAGAAUCGCGAAUUGUCGGUGGCAUUCGUAGUUCGUUUGGAAAGUGGCCUUGGCAAAUCUCGUUACGACAAUGGAGAACAUCGACGUAUCUGCACAAAUGCGGCGCAGCUUUGCUCAACGAAAAUUGGGCCAUAACUGCAGCCCAUUGCGUGGAAAACGUACCACCUAGCGAUUUAUUGCUAAGGAUCGGCGAACACGAUCUUGCAAACGAAGACGAGCCUUACGGGUAUCAAGAAAGAAGAGUUCAAAUCGUGGCCAGCCAUCCGCAAUUCGAUCCUCGAACCUUCGAAUACGAUCUUGCGUUGUUGAGAUUCUACGAACCUCUAUUACCAUUUCAACCAAACGUUCUUCCUAUUUGUUUACCCGAUGAUGACGAAACUUACGUUGGCCGCACUGCUUAUGUCACUGGCUGGGGUCGGCUUUAUGACGAGGGCCCAUUGCCAUCUACACUGCAAGAAGUGGCAGUGCCAGUGAUCAAUAAUACAAUGUGCGAAGUUAUGUACAGAAACGCUGGAUACAUCGAGCAUAUUCCACACAUAUUCAUUUGUGCCGGUUGGAAAAACGGAGGAUUUGAUUCGUGCGAGGGCGAUAGUGGAGGACCGAUGGUAAUUCGAAGAGCACGCGAUAAACGAUGGAUCCUUGCUGGAGUUAUCAGCUGGGGAAUUGGAUGUGCCGUGCCCAAUCAACCAGGAGUUUAUACGCGUAUCUCCGAGUUUCGAGAGUGGAUAAAUCAAAUUCUUCAAUUCUGAGUUGAGGAGUUGUAUCCCUUUUGAAAUCGAUGCUCGGUGAAAACUGCGCGAGGGGACACGAUUAGAAUUCGAAAUUAAUUAACGAAAAAAAAAAAAAAAAAAAAAAAAGUAAUAGGUUGAAUAUAUAGUGAGAAAAGUUUACGCAUGUACAUAAUAUAUUUUAUACAAAAUAUGCAUGCAAAUCCCAGUUUUUCUCAAGGAAAACUUUGCAUGUAGUGAAUAUUAAGAGAAAAGAGGGAGGGAAAGAUACGAGGCGUUAUACGUACUCGCCUGUAAUAUAUAUAUUUUCCAUGAAAUUUUAUCAAACACGAAAUCAAAUAAGAUAAACGUUUUGUAUUACGCGAUAUCAUUACUAAUCGGGAGUAAUGGACUUUGGAGUCGAUCGUAUCACAAUGGUUUACUACGUGUAUACGUGCUGCACAUAAUUUCAAGAUGCAAGGCUAUACACGUGAAAUUGAACAAGUAAUGCCAUCUUUCGUUAUAAAAUCAAAUCUCGAACGAGCAUUGGAUCGACAAAAUAGCGUUCUACGAUAUCAACAAAUAUUAUAUAAUUACCGUGUUAUCGAUAAAAUUAUAUCAAUACUUUUGGAUUAUUUUAUUUUUGAUUCUCGUUAUAUCGUUAUAUUUAAUAAUAGAAAUCACCAGGAUGAAUCUCAUUCUGAUCGACUGAUGAUAAGAAAGAAAUUUUUGCAAUAUUCUCAUUACGAUUGAGAAUUUUUGCAAAAUUAGACGCAAUUAAAUAUCAUUUCGAUUCUAUUAUUUGUUAGAUAUUAACAAUUCGUCAACGAGAUGAAACAAAUACGAAUUUCAAGGGAUAGACGAAGGAAUACAUUCAACAGAUUUUUGAUCAAAUUUUUUACGUCUUCCGAUAAUACUUCAGGUGUCGAAAGAUUAGCAAUUUAAUCCACGAUAUUGUUAUUCUGUAAUGUGUUACAUUAUUAAGCAGUGCUAACAAAUGCUUAAUCUGUAACAAUUAGAAUAAAUGUAUUGUAUAAAAGAGCAGAGCGUCAGAGAUUAGAUUUGUUAGAAAAAUAUUGAAGUGCAUACAAGACUGCAGAAUAACAAUAUGUUAUUGUGUAGUCAUUGCUCGUGAUAUGAAACUUGAUCGAAUUACUCAGAGAUUAUUAAUCGUUUUA